GUUCCUGAUAUUGAGGAGAUUAUUAACGGAACACAGCAGUCACCGAUUGUCUCAACACAUCCUCCCGCUAGAGCAUCUGGAUCAUCAAAUAUUACGCGUCAAUCAUUAAUUACACUUCCAGAAGUCAGUGAUGUAGAUCUUUCAGUUUCUUCUAUUAGUGGAUUUAGCGGGGGAUUUGAUGCCGGAUUUGGAAUGAAUGAUGAUUUACUUAUGAUGGAUGAUGGCGGAAUUAGAAUUGACUUUGAUGAAGAAGGUGGUCUACAUGAAUUUGAACUUCGAUCUGAUGGGCAGGGUGAGAAUCAACAACAAAAUGGUCGUGAUCCUUUAAAUUCGGAUAUGAAUGAAAUCAUGAAAAGGGUUAGAGAAGAACAUGACGCUGGCCUUCAAGAAAAUAAAAAAGAAAAGAGACGGAUACGUCAAAAGGAACCUAAUACAGGAGAACAAGAUUUGGAUGAUGAACAAGUUGCAGACGUUCAAAUGGACUUAGAGAGAGAAAGCGUGCAAGAAGCUCUACAACAAACAACUCAUGACGAUCAAGAAGUGCUACAACAAACAAUUCACGACGACGAUCAAGAAGUGUUACAACAAAUAAUUAAUGACGAUCAACAAGCACCAGAUCCUGAAAUCAAUGCUAGACAAUCUUCAGUUGAACCAAGGCGACAAAAAAGACGACGACUUUACUAUAUGUAUGAUGAAAAUACUGAAAUGACUAAUGAACAAAUAAUUGCUAUGCGAGAUGGUAUUGUAAAUGAUUUAGAAGAGGGUGAAAGAAUUGCAAGAGAUAAAGCAAAGAUGCAAGAGUAUAAAGAUCUAUGGAGACAAGCCCUUUAUACACCAGGCCUACCACGCAAGUAUAUUUUAAUCAAUAAAUUAUUUUAUGACUAUUUACAUAUUCUAAUUAUCUCUCUUCAUUAUCAAAAUAAUCUAGAUGACAUUGUUAAACAAAGGAGAGCUCAGCCAGCUCUUAUACCUCAACAUACUAAUCUAGAUGAGUUUGACGAUUUAUAUGCUGACGUUGAGGACGUCGGCAUUGGUGGAUCACGUCAGCGUGAAAGAGAUGGCAGUUUACAAGAUAUUGAACUUGAACGCUUAAGAAAAGCUGGUAGUCAAAGCAAUUCUGCAAUUACGGGGUUAAACAGUACUGGCACAGAAGUUCCAGAUCUGUUGGAUUUUGAUGCCACUUCAUCGGCAGGAAACAUAAGUCGCGAUAUUUUGGAAUUUUCGGGACAACUUGGAAGACCAAGUUCCAUAGAAUUGCAGAGACCAUCCAUUUCCAUGUCAGAAAACUUUCCUCCUUUUGAUGAUAAUAUUGAAAUUCCAGAUUUUCAAAUAUUUGGAGAAUUGGAGGAAGAUAGUUCAAUGAGUGCUAGAGGAAGACAUCGUAAUUCAGAUUUAAAGUCUAAUAUAAAUAGCGAACAUGAACAAUUAAAUUUUCUGGAAUUUAUAAAAGAUUUGAUGCAAAAAGCUGAAGUAUCAAGCGCUAUAUUUCAAGAUAUUAUGAUGGCUCAGCGUGUUAAACGUGCCGAAACAGCUAAAGCCUUUUAUAAUAUUUUAGGCCUCGCAACAAAAAAUCUAAUUAAAGUCAAACAAGUUCAACCAUAUAAUGAUAUUUUAAUUGAACUUAGAGAGUAA